AUGUUAUCAUACUGUACAUCAGAGUCCGAUAUUAAGUUACUUUUGUCAGAGAUAACAGAUCUCACACUCUCUGAAGACGGAAAACUUAACUUUAUACAACUAGUGACUAAAUAUGGACAUACUGCCGAAGAAUACGAAGUUACCACUGAAGACGGAUACCUCCUCAAGGUAUUUCAUAUCCCUGGUAAUAGAUCUUCAAUACUAUUGACCCAUGGACUCGCAACUGAUGCAGAUCCUUACGUCAUCAGAGGUCAUGGCUCAUUAGGCAUUGCUCUUGCAGAUAAAGGAUACAAUGUGUGGCUCCUCAACAACAGAGGUACGAAGUUCAGCAGACGUCACACUGAACUGGACCCUGACAAGGACAAGAAGUUCUGGGAUUUCUCUUUCCACGAGAUGGGCUACUACGACCUCGCCGCUACAAUAGAUUUUGUUCUCAAUCAAACCGGUGAGAAGAAGAUUUUCGCUAUCGGGCAUUCUCAAGGAGCAUCACAAUUUUUCGCACUCACGUCACUGAGACCAGAAUACAAUGACAAGGUAAAAUUGUUUCUUGCAUUAGCACCUGGUGUAUACUUCUUUAAUAUGCCGCCUCUGUUCCGAGUAAUUGCUGAUGCUGGUCCUUUACUCUUAGAGCUUCUUAAAACGCUUGGAAUUGAGGAACUUUGUAGGGAUCGCGGUGCGCUACUCAACCUGAUUAAAACAAUUUGUACUAAAGGUAUUGUCAGCUACGAAGUGUGCGUCAAAGGUGUAAUUUUUCCUUUCUUCGGAUAUAACCCAGCAGGCUUCGAGUUAAGCUUCUUACGAACCUUAUUUGGUCACGCUCCCAGUGGGUUCUCAAGAAAAUGUUUAAAGCAUUUCGAUCAGCUUUAUUUGCGUAAGAAAUUUAGCCAGUUCGACUAUGGUGAUCAUGAAAAUCUGAGUAAAUACGGGCUUUCAAAUCCACCAGAUUAUGACUUGAGCAAAGUAACAGCAAAUGUAGCCCUGAUGGCUGGAAAGAAUGAUACACUUAUUCUAGUAAAUAAUCUGAAAUUAUUAAAAGAGAUGUUGCCGAAUGUGGUACAUUUUGAGGAAAUUGAAGAAACAAAUCACAUUGAUUUCGUUCUAAGUGGAGAAGCGUAUAAAUAUAUGUUUCGAUCUAUCUUUAGCCUUCUUCAGAAUUAUGGUUAG